AAAAAAAAAAAAAAAAAAAAAAGGAAAAGGUACAGACCCAAUUUCCUCAUGCAAAACUAAUUUCCCUCGUCCCACUCACUCUCUCACUCUCACUCUGGCUCUCUCUUCUCACUCUCUCUCUCUCACAAACCAUUGGGAGAGACUGACCGAGAAAACCCCAGAGAGAGGUUUUUCCUGAAACCCAUUUUCUCGUUUCUCGUCUUUUAGGGUUUAAUUUGGGGUUUUUUUUAUAUUUCGGUUUCAAACGCAGAGAGUCGGAGUUUGAGAGGAAGCUGGAGUUUUAACGGACCUUGGUAUGGAGGAAACCAUCUCAAGUAUUCCGGACGGGGAAAUUAUAGGAAUCAAGUUUGGUCUGGCAACUCAUAAGGAAAUUUGUACAGCGUCUAUCAAUGAAUUUCCAAUUAGCCAUGCCAGUCAGCUGUCUAACCCCUUCCUUGGUCUGCCUCUCGAAUUCGGAAAAUGUGAAUCUUGUGGUACCGCUGAACCUGGACAGUGUGAAGGUCACUUUGGAUAUAUUGAAUUGCCUAUACCAAUAUAUCAUCCGAGCCACGUUAAUGAGUUGAAGAAAAUGUUAAGCUUGAUAUGUUUGAAUUGCUUAAAAGUGAAAAAAAAUAAGAUUCCAACCAAGAGCACUGGUAUAGCAGAAAGACUAAUAUCUUCGUGUUGUGAGGUAGCUCCACAAGUUUCAAUUCGAGACGCUAAAACACGAGAUGGUGUUUGUUACUUGGAAUUGAAACGUCAAUCUAGGUCUACUUUACAACCUGGUUUCUGGAAUUUCUUGGACAAGUAUGGUUUUCAUUAUGGUAACGAAAACAGGCGCACUUUGCUGCCUUGCGAGGUGAUGGAAAUUCUAAAGAGAGUCUCUGAGGACAGCAGAAAAAAACUGGUUGCUAAAGGUUUUGCCCCUCAAGAUGGAUAUGUGAUGCAAUACUUACCUGUUCCUCCUAACUGUUUGUCUGUUCCUGAAAUUUCUGACGGUGUUACUGUCAUGUCUACGGAUCCCUCUAUGACCAUGCUCAAGAAAGUUCUAAAGCAGAUUGAAAUCAUCAAAAGUUCAAGGUCUGGUUCACCAAACUUUGAAGCUCAUGAAGUGGAGGCCAAUGAGCUGCAAUUAGCUGUUGACCAGUACCUUCAAAUAAGGGGUACCACAAAGCAAACUCGGGAUAUGGAUGCACAACUCGGGGUGAGCAAAGAAGCCAGCAAUUCAACAAAAGCAUGGCUUGACAAGAUGAGAACUUUGUUCAUAAGAAAGGGGUCAGGCUUCUCUUCUCGCUCUGUGAUUACGGGGGAUGCAUAUAAAGGUGUCAGUGAAAUUGGUAUCCCUUGUGAAAUUGCUCACAGGAUUACAUUUGAGGAGAAGGUUAGUGAGCACAAUAUGACAUAUCUUCAAGAGUUAGUUGAUAACAAGCUGUGCUUAACUUAUAAGGAUGGUUCUUCGACAUACUCACUGCGAGAGGGUUCAAAAGGGCAUACUGUUCUAAGAUUGGGUCAAGUGGUACAUCGAAGGAUUAUGGAUGGAGAUCUUGUUUUUGUCAAUCGGCCACCAACCACCCAUAAACAUUCACUGCAAGCACUUCGAGUCUAUGUCCAUGAUGAUCAUACAGUGAAGAUAAACCCUCUUAUUUGUGGUCCCUUAAGUGCUGACUUUGACGGUGAUUGUAUCCACUUGUUUUAUCCCCAGUCUCUGGCGGCAAAGGCAGAAGUCUUGGAGCUUUUCUCAGUGGAGAAACAACUUCUGAGCUCGCAUAACGGCAUCCUGAACUUGCAAUUGGCUAAUGACUCGCUGCUGUCAUUAAAGAGAUUGUUUAACUCAUAUUUUAUGGACAAGGCUGCUGCUCAGCAAUUGGCAAUGUUUGCCUCAUCUUCUUUGCCACAGCCUGCAUUUCUGAAGGCUUAUUCAAGUAAGCAUUGUUGGACAGCAUUGCAGAUAUUACAGACCGCUUUGCCUGCUCUAUUUGACUGCUCCAGUGAGAGAUACCUAAUUAAGGGAAGUGACAUAUUGAGACUUGAUCUCAAUAGAGAUAUUAUCCCUGUGGUGAUCAAUGACAUGGCGACAUCUAUUUUCUUUGAGAGGGGCUCUGAAGAGGUUCUGAAAUUCUUCAACUCAUUACAGCCUUUGCUGAUGGAGCAUAUGUUUUCAGAAGGUUUCAGUGUUAGCUUGGAAGAUUUCUCUAUGUGCUUGGAAUCCAUACAACAAAUUCAGAAGGGUAUUCUGGAUAUUUCUCCUCUGCUGUUUCACCUGAAAUCAACGCACAAUGAGCUGCUGGAAUUGCAGUUGGAGAGUCAUAUUCGUGUUGUGAAAACCCCAGUUAUAAAUUUCGUUCUGGAGUCAUCUGCUUUGGGUGAUUUGAUUGACUCCAAAAGUGAUUCUGCCAUCAACAAAGUAGUUCAACAGAUUGGGUUCCUUGGCCUGCAGAUUUCAGAUCAAGGAAAGUUCUACACCAAGACACUGGUUGAGGAUGUUUCUUCCCUGUACAAAAACAAAUAUCCUUUUGAAAGAAUUGAUUAUCCUUCUGCAGAGUAUGGACUGGUGAAGAGCUGCUUCUUCCAUGGGUUGGAUCCAUAUGAAGAAAUGGUUCAUUCAAUCUCUACUCGGGAAGUAAUCGUCCGGUCAUCUAGAGGUUUGACAGAACCUGGAACUCUCUUCAAAAAUUUGAUGGCCAUCCUUCGGGAUGUUAUUAUCUGUUAUGAUGGCACAGUCAGAAACGUGUGUAGCAAUUCCAUCAUUCAGUUUGACUAUGGGCUGAAGACAGGAACUGGGCCUCAAAAUUUUUACCCUCCUGGUGAACCUGUUGGUAUGUUAGCUGCAACUGCAAUGUCAAAUCCAGCAUAUAAAGCAGUUCUUGAUUCUACUCCAAGCAGCACUUCCUCAUGGCAACUGAUGAAGGAAGUACUUCUUUCCAGUGCCAGUUUUAAGAAUGACAUUGUUGAUCGGCGUGUAAUUUUGUAUUUGAAUGCCUGUGACUGUCCAAGAAAAUACUGCCGAGAAAAUGCGGCCUAUUCGGUUAAGAACCAGUUGAAAAAAGUUAGUCUUAAGGAUACCGCAGUGGAGUUCUUGAUUGAAUAUAAGCAGUCUGUGUUGCGAGGGUAUCAUAGUGAUGCUGGCCUUGUUGGACAUCUUCAUUUGAAUGAGGUGCUGCUCAAAGAGUUGAAUCUCACCAUGCAAGACAUUCUUCAAAAAUGUCAAGACACUGUUAAUUCACACCGUAAGAAGAAGAAAGAUAAAGUUUUUAAAAAAGCAGUUUUGUCUAUCUGUGAGUGUUGCUCUUUUCAGCAAUUUUCUUCAAAUGAAGGAUCUGAAGUACCUUGCCUGAUGUUAGAAUGGCAAGAUGCAGAAAGUGGUAUCCCUUUAGAGGAAACUUCACGUAUACUUGCAGAUUUGAUUUGCCCAGUUCUGUUGAAAACAACCAUCAAAGGUGAUCCCCGGAUUUGUUCAGCAAAUAUAAUCUGGAUAAAUCCAAAUACAACAAUUUGGAUAAGAAAUGGACGCAAAUCUUCGAAGGGUGAACUGGCUGUGGAUGUUGUUUUGGAGAAAUCAGCUGUCAAGCAAAGUGGUGAUGCAUGGAGGGUAGUCCUUGAUUCGUGCCUUCCUGUGCUUCAUUUAAUUGACACCAGGCGUUCCGUUCCAUACGCCAUCAAACAAGUUCAAGACUUGCUGGGGAUUUCUUGUGCUUUUGAUCAAGCAGUUGAGCGCUUAGCAAAAUCGGUAUCAAUGGUGGCCAAAGGUGUUCUGAAAGAGCAUCUCAUCCUCUUGGCAAACAGUAUGACUUGUACGGGUAAUUUGAUUGGCUUUAAUUCUGGUGGUUAUAAAGCAUUAUCUCGCUCAUUGAAUGUCCAAGUUCCGUUUACUGAUGCUACACUUUUUACACCAAAAAGGUGUUUUGAGAGAGCAGCGGAAAAGUGUCAUAUGGAUACUUUGGAUAGCAUAGUUGCAACAUGUUCCUGGGGUAAGCAUGUUGCAGUUGGUACUGGAUCAAGGUUUGAUAUCUUGUGGGACACAAGAGAGGUGGAAUUGAAUCAAGGUGGAGUUGAUGUUUACGACUUUUUAGAUCUAAUGACUACUGCAGAUAGAGAAGAAUCAACUACUGCAUGUCUAGGUGCAGAAAUUGAUGAUCUCAUGUUAGAAGAUGAAAUUGCAGAAGAUGAAAAUGGAGAGUUGAGGCUAUCCCCUAACUGGGGAAGUUUCUCUCCUACAAAAGACCAAGAAGACACAUCGAAGGAAAGCGGUUGGGAAACUGUGGUUGCUUGGCAAAAUAAAGCUAAAGAGAAUACGUCACAACCAAAUAUGUGGUCAGGUUGGGAGAGAAAUGAAGCUCAAGCACAGAGGGCAGAAUCUAGUGACUGGGAUAACAAGGCAACUCCCGAAAAAUUUCCAGCUCGUUGGUCAUCAAAUGCUGAAGACUGGACUGAAACUGCACAUCCAUCCCAAGAACAUAAUGAGCCUCGUAAAGCUGAAGAUAAAAUGACAAAGCCUAAUGUUUGGUCCUCUUGGGGAGCAGAUGAAACUCAAACAGAUAGGGGAGAGCGUUGUGACUGGGGUAACAAGGUCAUACCCAAAAAAGCUGUGGCUCAUUGGUCUUCUUCAAAUACUGAUGACUGGACUGAAAAUGCACAUCCAUCUCCGAUAGAGGAACUUGCUGAGCUUCCAAAAGGUGAAGAUAAUAUAUCAAAGCCAAAUGUUAGGUCAGCUUGGGGGCGAGAUGAAACUCAAACCCAAGGGAGUGAGCCUUGUGAUUGGAACACCAAGGUCACUCCUAGAAAAACAGUGGAUGGUUGGUCUUCUUCACAUGAUGAUGACUGGACUGGAACUGCUCACACAUCUCAAGCAGUGGAACAUGCUGAGCCUCCUGCUGCCAAUCAUUCUUGGGGGCAGCAAAAGUCCCCCAAAAGUGUUCAAAGUUGGGGCCAGAAAACAUCUCCGGAAGUUUCCUCAGAUUGGAAGCAGCAAAAGUCUCCGGAAAGCUCUCAAGGUUGGGGGCAGAAGAAGUCUCCCAAAAGUGCCCAUAGUUGGAGGCAGCAAAACUCUCCAGAAAUUUUCCAAGAUUGUGAGCAGCAAAAGCCUCAGGAAAGUUCCCAAGGUUGGGAGCGGCAAAAGUCUCCUGAACAUUCCCAAGGUUGGGGACACCAAAAGUCCAAGGAAAGUUCCAAAGGUUGGGAGCAGCAAACGUCGUCUCCUGAACAUUCCCAAGGUUGGGGCCACCAAAAGUCUGAGGAAAAUUCCCAAAGUUGGGAGCAGCAAAAGUCUCAUGAGCAUUCCCAAGGUUGGGGGCAGCCAAAGUCUCAAGAAAGUUCCCAAGGUUGGGGACAGCAAAAGACUUUGGAAAGUUCCCAAGGUAGGGGACGGCAAAAGUCUCCUGAAAGUUCCCAAGGCUGGACCUCUCAAGUAGAGUCGAAGCCAGCAGCAAGUUCACAUGGUUGGGAAUCACCAAAAGCUGGAUAUGAUAGUGAGAAACAGAAGCAGUGGGGACAGAGGAGUGGAGAACCUUACAAGAACAAUCGUUUUGAAGGCUCAAGGGGCAGGGGUUCAAAUGCUGGAGAAUGGAAGAGUAGGAAAAGCUGGCCCAAUAAAACACAUGGAAUGGGGAGUGAAAAUUUUAGCGGGGCUGCGGCUGGAUUAUUUACAGCAACAAGACAGAGAAUAGAUAUUUUUACCUCUGAGGAACAAGAUGCUCUCUCCACCAUCGAACCAAUCAUGCACUCCAUCAGACGAAUUAUGCAUCAAUCUGGGUACGGUGAUGGGGAUCCACUGUCAGAUGCUGAUCAAUCAUACAUACUCGAUAAUGUCUUCAAUUACCAUCCCGAUAAAGCCACUAAAACGGGUUCUGGAAUUGAUCAUCUUACAAUUAGCAGGCACAGCAGUUUUCAGGACAGCCGGUGCUUAUACAUUGUCUCAACAGACGGUCGUAAAGUAGAUUUUUCUUACCGCAAAUGCUUGGAGAAUUUGAUCAAAACCAAGUAUCCUGAUGUUGCAGAAGCAUUCAUGAGCAAGUAUUUUAGAAAGCCCCGCUCUGGAGUGAAUCGAGAACGAACCCCCAGUCUUGUGCAAACUCCGAAUGAAAACCUCUUUCCUGAGCACACUCCGAAUGAGAACCCCAUUUCAGAGCAAACGGCAAGUGAAAAUGCAUAGUCGGCCAUGUUUCAUUGAAGUUUGUUUGUUUGUUUUUUUGUUUUUUUUUUUAAUUAUUUUUUUCAGUAAAAAGGGUAGCCAGAUUCAAAUGUUUCUUCCAUCUGCUAUUUUGAUUCUGUAUAUACCAGGCAGAUGGUCGUGUAAUUAUUAUAUCAGCUCUAUUUUCGCCCUUUUUUUUAAAAAAAAUUUCUUUAUUUGUUUUAAUGGUAUAGCAUUUUCUAGUUUUUUAGUUAUUUGGUUGGUGAGAGUGUAACUAAAACUCUGAAUUAGGAGAAACCACAAGAUGUUUAAUCCUUGUUGCUGUUUAGAAUCAGAUACAGGCCAAAAAGACCUUACAGUCUCAUCAGUAUAUUCUCCAGUAUCUAACUCCUGCUGUUCUUUGUCAACCAAUUUGGAGGGUUGAUUUCUGUUUUUCUGUAAUCUCUGCCAAUUCUGUUUGGUGAUACAUCAUUGUUGAUCUAAAUAAAAAGUUGAUUAGGUUGUGGAUAAUGCCACCCAUGACUA